AUGACGUACAGUAUUGAUGAUCUUUCAGAAUCCCUUAUUCGCUCUUAUGAGCACCUUAGCUCCGUACUUCAUCUGCCCUUUAUUGAGAGGGAGCUAUAUGAGACGCUUUUUGUGAGUGAGUUACGACGGCGAAUCUGUGGUAGUGAGCGCACUAAGUACUGUGAUUCCAAUGAUGCAGCUGAGGAAGGGCAGAUUGAUGUAAAUGUAUUACUGGGUGCAUUAAAGAUCAUUGUUGUUGCGUUGAGGGAACAUUAUCGUCGUACAGUGGCUGCAUUGAAACACAUUUCAAGCCGGGAAAAAUUGAUUUCUCAGGUGAUUGAUUUGUGCGAACAGUACGAGAGUGGGAAAUGCGCUCUUGAUCAAGCGCAGGUGUCGUUCUUGUUGAUUCUCCAAGAACACCAGAAUGCGACCUUGCUUGUGGUUGAGGCCAUCGCGGAGUGGCGACGACAGCUCAGCAGGCCGUUUCCCUUCUGCGUCUUUAACUCCACGGUUAGCUACCUGCAGAGGAUUCUAGAGGACUGCGAGGCCAUCUCAUGGUGCCCCCUGGGUCGCUCUCUCAGAAUCCAUCUAGAUACCUUCCCGUGUGGUUCUAACAUGAAUUUUCCUCGGAUGUUGCGCUCUCGUCGAGUAAUAUGGCGCUCUCGGAUCAUAAGCACCGGGUCUGUUUUUCAGGAAGGUGUAAUGGGCCUUAUGCCGGAGAACCUUGAUGUUCCAACAGCUCCAUAUAGACCGUUUUCCAGACCAUCUCUUUCCUUAAAACCACAAUGCCAUGCCUUCCAAGGUGAAGGACCCAAUGCGGCUCAAAACCAACGACGUCCAGUAGCCAUUCAGACAGUGAGUUCCGAAGUGUCUCUAAAGGAAAGGAACUCGCGGCUACUCGUGGCGGAGGAUCUGCUCCUGAAAGAGGCUGCUGUGCAGCAGCACUUAGUAAAGGAACUCUACGACUUAGCAGAUGCCGCUAACCAGGAUAGCUGCUGCAAAUCAGGAAAAUUUUUAUUAACACUAUCACUUCCAGGGCUGUUUUUACCAGUCGAACCACUGGAAGGAUUUUAUGUGGCUUCUGCCUUUCCUUUGGAUGAAGGACAGUGGAAGGACACUCUGCUGCAAGUUUUGGACCAGAAGCGCUGCGUGAGGAUGGCGACGCAAGGAUUUAGGAUGUUAAAGCGUCAAGGAUCGUGCCUUUUAAAUGAGUUAAAACAGAGUGAGACCACAGUGAAUGCAUCCACUCCACACGACUCCAAGACACCUUGCAUUUCGUGUUGUACCCCCUCAGAUCUUGGAAGCAACUAUAGAAUUGAUAAAGAGUCAUCCUCUUUGCCGUCGUCGACCAUGGCUUCGUGUGCACGGCGCAAUUCCGGUAGGGUAAAACCCCUGUCUGAGGAACUAUUGCGGCAGACGUUGGCCCCACAAACGGGGGCCCAAACUCUUGAACCAAUUCGAUGUAAAGGCACUGAUGCCAACGGCACUCUUUCGAGCCCGUCAAUAGACAGUGAGGACUGA